AUGGAGGGAGGUUCAUCGCCGCCCACCCCCUCGCCCAGCGACCAUGGCUUCUCCCCCGCCGAAGUGCCCUACGGGCGUGCACAUCCCUUCCACAUGGCCAUCGUGAAGAUUGGCAGCCACCCCUAUCUGCGGGCGCUGGUGGUGUUUGCCCCCCUGGGUUUAUUGUCGGGCAUCCUGGGGGGUCCCCAGCCGAUGGUGUUCUGGCUGAAUCUCAUCGCAUUGGUCCCGCUCAUGGCACUGAUUACAAUUGCCAUUGCGGAGUUGUCCGCCACGCUGGGACCGUUCCUGCAUGAGUUACUCAAAGCCACCCUGGGGAACUCGGUCGAGCUGAUGGUCGGCUUUGUCGCCGCACAGCGAGGGCAGGGCCGCAUCUUUCAUUCCAUGGUGGUCGGCAGUAUCUUGUGUUAUUCUCUUCUGGUGCUGGGCAGCAGUUUCUUGGUUGCCGGCUACGACAAGGAGCAUCUCUACUUUGAUCGCACGUUGACUAGCAUCAUGUCCUCGCUGAUGAUUGUCGUAUGCAUUGCGCUGGUCGUGCCCGGAAUCAUGGUCACCUUCCCGUCCCUGGACACCAUUUCCCUCAAGGCGGUGGUCACCAGCCACGAGGUGCGCAUGGUCUCGUACGGGAUCGCGAUCAUUCUGCUCUUCUUGCUAGCCAUCUUCCUGCUGUUUCAGCUCAAGACGCAUGCUGGGAUCUUCCACGUUGCGGAGCGGACAGGUCGCGCGCAACUGGAGGAUUCCGACACGGAGAGCCACCGGGGGGACCGAGUGCAGGAAGAGCAUGUCGCCGUGUUUACCCCUCGGACUGCCUGCCUGGCUUUGACGGAGGGAGUGUCCUGCUUGACGCUAUGCACGGUGUAUCUGGUCGACAGCGCCAGUGCGGCGCUGGAGCGGGGCACGAACACCAGCUUCCCCGUCCUCAUCUGGGUUCCGCUGGUCGGGAAUCUGGCCAAGUCCCUUACGAUCGUGGUCAUCGCACGCCAAGGCCAUGUGGAAGCCGCGGUCCGGACCAUCCUGAACAGUGUGCUUCGCCUCACCCUGCUCGUGGUGCCCGUUCUCGUGCUGACGGGCUGGACUUUGGGCCAAUCGGUGACCCUCCAGCUGGAUAACUUCGAGGCCACCAUGUUGUUCCUGGCCGCCAUGGUCACCAACCACGUGAUCCACGAGGGGAGGACCAACUAUUUCGAUGGGUUGAUGUUGUGUGGAACAUAUGUCAUUGCGGGGGUGGCCUUCUACGUCUGUCCGGGGAUCAGCCCCAGCGCGGAUGUGGUGACCGUGAACACAUCUUGA